CGAGCUAUGUAAUGCUGUAAUACCCGUGUAUCCUAUGUAAUAUAAUGCCUGUCCAAGCUCUUCCAGCCUUCCCAGCUCUUUCCUCUUACCCACUCCGCCUUCAAUAAAACCUUCCACUCUCCCUCUUCCACUCUCACCACCUGCUCUUCCUCUUCACCACACUACAUCUUCCAUUCUUUGUGGGCUGGAAUUCACUCACACUCGCCUUCAACCAACCCAUCCUUUCCAUCUAUCAAUCAAUCAUCGUCGCCAUCAUGAUUGUCGAUCCCGUCGAAGCUCUCAAGAAGACUUCGCUGCUGUUGGUGCCCACCACCACGCUGCCCAUCCCGACUUCUCUACCCACCGUAGACCCCUUCAAGCCUGAUAUCCAGGUCGCUCAUCACGAUGGCCAAGUCACUCUCUGGGUCGUCUUUGUGAUCAUGCUCAUCGCCUCUGCUGUCUUUGCUGGCAUGUCAUGGACUGUCCCUCUUAACAAGCGCCUCUACCACGUCAUCACCACUCUCAUCACCAUCAUUGCCGCCCUCUCCUACUUUGCCAUGGCCAGCGGACACGGCGUUGCCAUCCACCACAUCAAGGUCCGCGUUGAACACGAGCACGCUCCCGAUACCUUCAAGUACAUUGACAGACAAGUUUUCUGGGCUCGCUAUGUUGACUGGAGCUUGACCACUCCCCUCCUGCUCCUCGAUCUUGCCUUCCUUGCCGGUCUCAGCGGCGGUCACAUUCUCAUGACCGUUGUCGCCGAUCUGAUCAUGAUUCUUACCGGUCUCUUCGCUGCUUUCGGUGCUGAGGAUACUCCCCAGAAGUGGGGCUGGUACACCAUUGCCUGCAUUGCUUACCUCGUCAUCAUCUGGCACCUUGUUGUCAAUGGCCGCGCUCUUGCCGCUGCUCGUGGUGGUGCCGUUGGCAAGUUCUACUCCUCCAUUGCUGGCUUUACCAUUCUCAUCUGGACCGCCUACCCAAUUGUUUGGGGAAUUGCCGAUGGUGCCCGCAACGUCUCCGUUGACGGCGAGAUCAUUGCCUAUGCUGUCCUUGACGUGCUUGCCAAGCCCAUCUUUGGCCUGUGGCUCUUGAUCACCCACGCCAAGCUUGCCGAGACCAAUGUUGACCUCUCCGGCACUUUCUGGUCCAACGGCCUGAGCUCUGAGGGCCGCCUUCGUCUCGAUGACGAAGAUGGUGCUUAAACGAUUGCUGCAAUGUGUAGCUCAUUCGCUCUUUUAUAAGCUGUAAUCGUCAUGAAUGUGGCGAAGUGAUCGAACUCGUGAAUGACUUUGAGUCUCCACAGCUUGUAUCAAACAAACGAUGUAGCGUAUGAGGGAAAAAAAUAGUAAUGGAAAUGACGUGAAAAGCAAGCCAGGACGACGAUUGAUUACGAGCCAUACAUUUCUUGCAUGCAACCAUGACGUCGCAAGAGCUAUUUUCGCUCUGGACUUAUGGUUCACGGACCACUUUUUCAAUCACCUUUUUACAUAGCUGAUGACUAAAUAUCAUUGUAAUUCACGUGGAAUCGUGUCUUGGAUAUGAAUGCUGCUGCUAAAAGUGCCUGUGGUUGAUGGUGCCGUCUCAUCUAUAUGCAUGGAUGCUCCUUCCCUAUAUCUUC